CAAGACAAUAUGGAGGUCAGAGCUCUGUGUAUGAGACUGUUGAUGAUCGUUAUGAUUCUGCUGGAUGGACAGGAUCAGAAAGCUGAUGCAGUUUCUCUGAGUAUCGCUCCAAACAGAUCGCAGUUCUUUGAAUAUGAAUCAGUAACAUUUUACUGUGAAGGAGUCGAUCAUUGUGAAAUUGUGCAUAAAUUCAAAAGGAAAUUAGAAUCAUGUAGCAAAACUGAUAAGCCGGCACAAACGGGAUCAUCCUGCACCAUCAAAACUGCUUAUAAACAGGACAGUGGAGAGUACUGGAGUGAGACUGGAGGAGGGAAGAGAAGCAACAUCAUCAACAUCUCUGUCACUGAUGGUUCUGUGAUCCUGGAGGUUCCUGCUCUUCCUGUGAUGGAGGGACAAACUGUGACUCUUCACUGUAGAAACAAAAUCGCUUCCUCCAACCUCACAGCUGAUUUCUAUAAAGAUGGACGUCAAAUCCAGAGAAGCUCCAAAGGAAACAUGAACAUCUACAGAGUUUCCAAGUCUGAUGAAGGACUUUACAAGUGCAGCAUCUCAGGAGCUGGAAAAUCACCAGAGAGCUGGCUGAAAGUCACAGUCUCCAUAGAGACCAGCACAGUGAAUGCAGGCAGUGCAACACAUGCUGCUGUAAGAAAAAACAGGGAGAACAAACGUAUGUACUGA